AGGUGAUCUGAUCAGAGAUGCUGAGCUGAGAGCAGAGAGAUCACCAACACAUCCCACUGCAGACCACAGGCUCUCUCUCUCUCUCUCUCUCUCCCUCUCCCACAGACACACACACAAGGCUUUGCAUUCACAGAGUACCAGAGAACUCGGGCGGUUGCAUUGGCCAUUGACGAGACCAUAUCUCUGCGAGACAAAGGCAAACCCGAGGCUUUCAUCACACCGGCAAUGUGGACUUGGGGAACCGAAGCAUCCUCUGCACCACAUUAAAAUAAGAAGAAUCUCUUCCAAAGUCAAGGCGAUUGAACACCAGGAUCGGCACACUAUUCCAUGCUGUUGUACCUUAAGGUGUUAAGCUUCAGUGUCCCUGCAAGAUGCCGGAACAGAGUAACGAUUACAGGGUGGUGGUGUUUGGAGCUGGAGGUGUGGGCAAGAGCUCGCUGGUACUGAGGUUCGUGAAGGGGACAUUUCGGGAGAGCUACAUCCCCACCAUCGAAGACACCUACAGGCAGGUGAUCAGUUGCGACAAGAGCAUCUGCACUUUGCAGAUCACGGACACCACAGGUAGUCACCAGUUUCCAGCCAUGCAGCGCCUCUCCAUCUCCAAAGGGCACGCGUUCAUCCUGGUAUACUCCAUUACCAGCAAGCAGUCGCUGGAAGAGCUCAAACCCAUCUACGAGCAGGUGUGCCAGAUCAAGGGGGAAGUGGAACACAUCCCAGUCAUGCUGGUGGGCAACAAGUGCGACGAGAGUCUGAGAGAGGUGCAGGCCAGCGACGGAGAGUCCCAAGCCAAGCGUUGGAAGUGCGGCUUCAUGGAGACCUCGGCCAAGACCAACCACAACGUGAAGGAGCUAUUCCAGGAACUGCUCAACCUGGAGAAGCGCAGGGCAGUCAGCCUGCAGAUCGAUGGCAAGAAAUCCAAGCAGCAAAAGAGGACAGAGAAACUCAAGGGGAAGUGUGUGGUUAUGUGAGUGAGCUCUUGGCACAAGAAAAUAAGCAACUCUAAACCACCCAAUACCUUUUCGGAUCAUAAAACACAACACACAAACACACACAUACCGAAACCAAUACAAAUAAAUCAAGCUGAGAAAGUAAAGGGAAAAUGUGUGGUUAUGUGAAUGAGCUCUUGGCAUAAGAAAAUAAACCACGCAAACCACCCAAUAUCUUUCCGGAUCAUAAAACAGCAACACAUUACAUUUGUAUAGCACCUUUUACUUUGGGAGGAUGUCCCAAAGC